ACUGACAAAUACCUGUACCUCCCCCCAACACACACGCACACGGCAGUGGAACCUUGAUAGCACUCCCAAAAACCCGAAUAUCGUACCCCUCCGUUACCCCACCAUCACACCCAAAUUCAAUUCAACCCAACCACCCCCCCAAAAAAAAGAAGAAAAGCUCUAUUUAAAUUGCACCUGUGCACCUUCCCUGGGCUGCGCAAAUCCCAUCACCAUCAACGCUGUCGUCCACAUUAUUCAAACGCCUCUCAUCGCAGGCCACAUCCGCACGCCUAACCGCUCUAUCACGACACCUCUCCUCGGGCAAGAUGGCACCCGUGUCCAAGCAGUACGACUACCUUGUUAUCGGCGGAGGCAGUGGCGGUCUCGCGAGCGCUCGCAGAGCGAGUGCCAUGUACGGUGCCAAGGUUGGGAUUAUUGAGAGUGGGAGGUUGGGGGGUACUUGCGUUAACGUUGGGUAUGCUUCCCUUCUUCCUUUAACCAUCACAGCUGUUUGCCGGUCGGUGUUAAUGCGCUUUUUUGUUUCGGGUGGUGGCAGGUGUGUGCCCAAGAAAGUCUCCUGGUAUGCGGCAACCAUUGCGGAGGCACUGGCUGAGGCGAAGGGGUAUGGGUUUGAUAUCGAUGUGAAGGGCUUCGACUGGCCCACCUUUAAGGCCAAAAGGGAUAAGUACAUCGAGCGCCUGAACGGGAUUUACGAACGGAACCUGAAGAACGACAAAGUCGACUACAUCGUCGGCCGCGGCCGCUUCAUUUCAAGGAACAAGGUGGAGGUUACAGACAACAAUGGCGGAAGGACUACAUAUGGCGCUGAUAAGAUUCUAAUUGCCACUGGUAUGCCCCCCUUCUCUUCCGGAGAAGCCGUCCAAUUGUUAACCCCAAAAAGGCGGAUACCCGAGCAUUCCCAACGGCAUCCCGGGUGCAGAGUACGGCAUCACCUCCGACGGUUUCUUUGAGCUCGACCAGCAGCCUAAAAAAGUCGUCCUCAUCGGUGCCGGCUACAUAGCCGUUGAGCUCGCUGGCAUCUUCCAAGCCCUCGCGAGCGAAACACACCUCAUGAUCCGCCACGACACCUUCCUGCGCUCGUUCGACCCGAUGGUACAGGAGGUGAUGGGGAAGCACUACGAGGAAGAAAUGGGCAUGAAGAUCCACCGCCGCUCGGAGCAGACCAAGAUCGAGAAGGACGGGAGCACGGGAAAGUUGAGGGUGCACUACCAGGACAGCAAUGGCACGGGCGUGCUCGAGGACGUGGAUACGCUGAUCUGGGCCAUUGGGAGGAAGCCGGAAACCGGGGACCUCGGGCUGGAUAAGGUCGAGAUUAAGAGGAAUGAGAGGGGACACGUUAUCGCGGACGACUUUCAGAACACUAGCGUGCCGAAUAUCUUCUCGUUGGGGGAUGUUUCGGGAAAGGUUGAAUUGACGCCUGGUACCUCCUGCCUCCCCCCCCCCCCCCUCACUUCCACACAUACGUACUAACAGCACAAUAGUCGCCAUCGCCGCCGGCCGCCGCCUCUCCGAUCGCCUCUUCGGCGGGCCAAAAUUCGCACAGGCCAAGUUGGACUACACCAACAUCCCAUCUGUAGUCUUCGGACACCCAGAAAUCGGCACGAUCGGGCUCACACAGCCGGAGGCCGAGGCGAAGUACGGCAAGGAGAGCCUGAGGAUCUACAAAACCGCUUUCACCGCAAUGUACUACUCCAUACUGGAGCAUAAGGGCCCCACGGCUUACAAGCUCAUCUGCCACGGACCCGAGGAGAAGGUGGUGGGGCUACACAUCGUCGGUUUGGGCAGCGCAGAAAUGCUCCAGGGAUUUGGCGUUGCGGUGAAGAUGGGGGCCACCAAGCAGGUAUGAUGAUGAUGUCGAUUGUGUGACAUGUCGGAUGGAGGAGCGCGGAGGGCUAAUGAGUGAACGAAUGUUCUGAUAUAGGACUUUGAUAAUUGCGUCGCUAUCCACCCCACCAGUGCCGAGGAGUUGGUCACUUUGAGGUGAUCACUCGGAAUGUUCUCGCUUUCUGGCCCCGUGUGUCUUCUGUGGCGGGGAUGCCCUAGCUGCAGCAACCCAGAAUGUUGGUGGUUCGGCGAUCCCUGUCCAAUAAGCAAACGAAUAAACAUACAAACGGAAAUCGUACCUCUUUGUUUUUUUAGUUUUUUUUUAUUCUUUUCAAGGCCACUAUGUAUAAAGGAGGGAUUACAGGCUAUGGCAAUCAGACUGAAUAGCCAACAAUCAAGAGCUAAUGUGAAAUAUCCUUCCCCACUAAUUGCCUUAUUGGGGUAGGAGACGGACGAAAGGAUGCAAAGUACUGUGUAGAAAGGAGAAGAAAAAGCGAGUAGAUAUAUAAUCGCUCCCAAAAUAUAAUUCCACGCC